AAACAUCGGCAUCGUCUAUACUCAACGACUUUCGAAGUGUUAUCAAAUUCUUAAUAUUUAUAUUUUCGUUAUCUUAGCUACCUGAUAAUAAAAUAGCUGAUAACUAAUUUUCUAUUUAAUGUGUAUAAAACUUGCGGAUGAGAUUAUUCUGUAGUUGUGUGUGUGUUUGUACAUACAGUGUAAAGUCAGUGAAUUUGCUUUAUAACCAUGUCAGAUAAGAAUCCUGAACAAGUAGUGAAUACUGCACGAAAUGCAUUCAAUAGCGGAAAGACAAGAUCCUUAGAUUUUAGACUAAAACAGUUAAAAGCAUUCAUACGACUACUAGAUGAAAAUACUCCACAAAUAUGUGAUGCUUUAAACAAAGACCUGAGGAAGAAUAAAAUUGAGGCUGUUCUUAUGGAAAUUGGUGUGGUGAAAAAAGACAUCAAUUACUUCUUGAAAAAUCUUCGCGAAUUAGAAAAACCCGUGAGACCCGAUAAAGAAGUUGCGAAUAUUAUGGAUAGUGUCUUCAUUAAACAUGAUCCUUAUGGAGUUGUCCUUAUUAUGGGAGCUUGGAAUUAUCCAAUAACAUUAUCGUUACAACCUGUUGCAGGUGCAAUUGCUGCAGGAAAUUGUGUUCUGUUGAAGCCUUCUGAAGUUGCACCAGCAACCUCGAAGUUUCUUGCUGAAUAUAUUCCAAAGUAUUUAGACACAGAAGCAUACCAGGUCUUUGAAGGAGGAGUAGCCGAAACAACUGAAUUGUUAAAACAAAGGUUCGAUUACAUUUUAUACACUGGAUCAUCUGCAGUAGGAAAGAUUAUCUUAGAAGCAGCUGCCAAACACUUGACACCUGUCACUCUUGAACUGGGAGGUAAAAGUCCCGUGUAUUUGGACAAAUCAGCAGAUUUGGAAGUUGCAGUGAAGCGACUAUUAUGGGGAAAAUGCGCAAAUUCUGGACAGACCUGUAUUGCUCCCGAUUAUCUUCUCUGUUCCAAAGACCUGCAAGAAAAAGUUGUUCAAAUUGCGAAAAAAGUCAUUAAGGAAUUCUUCGGGGAAAAUGUCAAAGCUUCUCCAGAUUACGGAAGAAUUAUUAAUGACAGGCAUUUCAAAAGGAUUGUGGCGUUGUUGAAAGAUGCUAACAUUGCCUUUGGAGGAGACUACGAUCCCAGUGAAAGAUUCAUUUCCCCUACUAUUUUAACAAACGUCAAAUCCUCAGAUCCUGUGAUGCAAGAAGAAAUCUUUGGACCCAUUCUGCCAAUCGUCAACGUGGAAAGUGCCUACGAUGCCAUACAAUUUAUAAACUCUAGGGAAAAACCUCUUGCACUCUAUAUAUUCUCAAACAACAAAAAGGAUGUCGAUCAAAUUCUAAACAAUACAUCUUCAGGUGGUGUAUGCGUCAAUGAUACAAUCAUGCACAUAGUGACUCUUAGUCUACCGUUUGGUGGUGUUGGCAACAGCGGCAUGGGAAGCUACCACGGCAAAUACAGCUACGAGACAUUCGUACACAAGAAGAGCGUACUACACAAAAAUUUGGGAUAUAUUGGAGAGCUGCUGAGCUCGGCGAAAUAUCCUCCUUAUACAACAGGAAAACUUAGGUACUUGCAACUGCUGCUUACUCCUGGCUUGGACAUUCGUGGAAGAUUCAUGUCGCACUUGUUAACAUUCUGUUGUGGAGUAGCCUUUGCAUAUCUUUUAACAUAUGCAAAGCCUUUUCUUCCUUUUUAGUUCUUACCAAUAAUGUUAAAAUAAAAAAUCAUCACUGAAACGGCUACUUUGUGUACCCAGUUUUUUUUAAAUUAACUCUGUUGUUGUAAUUAUUUGCUACUUCUAAUUGAUAUAUCUAUGUAUACAUGACUGACUAACCUUUUUAAAGAUGUUUAGAACUUAUUUGUACAUUAUUUUCAAUAUUUUAAUUAAGAAUUACAUGUUAAAUAAUAUGCCA